UGUAACUUACAAAUAUAAGUAGUUCUGUACUAAGAAAAUAUUUAGCGUGUCUGUACUUAAAAAUAGCCGUGUUAUUAGUGAUGAUUUCUUCUUUACGGGCGUGAUUAUCGUUUUUUAUCUCUAGAAAGAUUAUCUUUUACUUUCAAAACUUAUCUUUGUCUUUAGUUUUUUAAGAUAUCUUUUGUUUGUGUAAGUUCGCCGAUGUCACACCAAUGCGUUACAAUUAUGUUUCUUAAGAUGAUCAAAAUUGAAAUAUAUUUUAUUAAACUAUGAGACAAUUUAAUCAGUGUAAAUUAAAGAGCGUAUUCAGUUCAGUGUCGAUGUUUAAGAAAUACCGAGGAAAUAAAUUAUUAUUAUGGAUGUAAAGCGAUUUUUGAAGGAAUUAUGGAUAACUAAGAAAACAUUGUUAGUUAUAUCUGUACCUAUAUUAUUGUUACCCUUGCCGCUUAUUGUCAAUACAAAGGAAGGAAAAUGUGCGUAUGGUAUGAUUUUGAUGGCUAUAUUCUGGAUAACAGAGGCUAUACCUCUAGCGAUGACGUCAUUAUUACCAGUAGUAUUAUUCCCACUGUUUGGUGUACAACCCGUUAAAGAUGUUGCUCAAAAUUAUACCAAGGAAGCUACAAUGUUUGGUUUGGGUGGACUAAUGGUGGCCAUUGCUGUAGAAAAAUGUAAUCUUCAUAAACGGAUUGCUUUGAAAACUCUACAGAAAGUCGGAUCGGAACCGAAAUGGUUAAUGUUUGGUUUAAUGUUACCCACGUGGUUUUUGUCUAUGUGGGUGAGUAAUACAGCUACAACCGCCAUGAUGAUUCCAAUAGCAGGCGCCAUAUUGGAACAACUCAAGCGAUUUAUUGAAGAAGAAGAUAAAGAGGCUGAGAAAGUGGCCGCGAAUGGUGGAGUUGAAAAUAGUGCCUUCGAAUUACCUGAAGCAAAUAUAAACAAUGUGCAGCCCAGGGUUAAAGAGGAAACAAAUCCUACAAACGGAACCAGAAGAGUCUCUGGUGUUGAUGAUGAAGUUGCAGAUAUAGUUAUUAAUGUUAGUCAAAUAGAAGUAUCAGAGUCUCCACGGUAUGCUCGGCUAUGUAAAGGUUUUGCUCUGUCUGUAGCGUACUCUGCUAAUAUUGGUGGUACUGGAUCACUAUCAGGAACGGGAACUAACCUCGUCAUGCAGGGACAAACGGAACUUGUGUUUUCUGCGCAUGGUCAAGAAUCACCAAUCAAUUUUCUGUCGUGGAUGAUAUACGCACUUCCCGGAUCCAUGAUAUGUCUUAUACUGGCUUGGCUGUGGUUACAGUGUUUCUUUAUGGGAUUCAGAAACACGUUGUGUUGUCCUAAGAAAUCAGUGGAAGCCGCUAAAGCCGUGAAACGUGUAAUUAAUGAUGAGUACAAGAACCUUGGUCCAAUGUCAUUUUCAGAAGUAACUGUAUUGGUUCAUUUUAUUGUUUUAAUAAUGUUGUGGUUUUCAAGAGAGCCACCUUAUUUAGACGGUUGGGGAUCAUUGUUUCCCUCGGGUUAUGUUGGUGAUUCGGCAGCUGCCAUAACUGUUUGUGUGUCGCUGUUUGUGUUCCCGUCUCGUAAACCUUCUGUGUUUUGCUGGAAGCAAUCAGAUGCCCCUUCUGAAUCUGUUCCUGCCAUACUGGACUGGAAAACCGUUCAUCAUAAGUUUCCAUGGGGAGUUCUUCUACUCAUUGGUGGAGGUUUUGCAUUAGCAGAUGCAAGUGCUAAAUCGGGUUUGUCGGCAUGGAUAGGUGAUGAGUUAAUUGUGUUUAGUAAGUUUGAACCAUGGUUAAUGAAUGUUUUAUUGACGAUGUUAAUAGCAGUAGCUACAGAAGUAACCAGUAAUGUCACUACAGCUGCUUUAUUUCUACCAAUAUUAGCUAGCAUGGUAAGAAUCCAUAUAUUUUAA